AUGAACGAUCCAAUAUUCAAAACCCUAACGCCAUCGCAGUUCAUCACAUUCACAGUCCCAAAUCCCGUUAACCACCCCUGCUACCUCCAAACUCCAAGGCUUCGCGUCGCCGUACUCGAUUCUCCGGUAGCUGUAGCUGCCGAUGACCUCCCAAAAGUCGCCGCCAUGAUUGUACCGGACCAGCGGGAAACAGACUGGAACUUCUGUACUGAAUCUGGUCAUCUUCAGCUUCUAUUCAACAUCCCUGGCCUCUCCCGUCUCAUCCUAAUCGGUAAUGAUCUCCCGCCUAAUCCAGAACCCCCCGUUUACAUUCGCCCUCCGGUUACUGAUACUGUUGAUAGAGAGAAACUAGAAGACGAAAUUCAACCGCUUGUAAUGGCUUUGCAUCCCAAAGUGUGUUUUCAGAAAGGUUUGCCAAAUCUCCUAUUCUUGACAUAUGAAGAUGAUGUGUUGUAUCGUGUGAUUAUAGCUAGAUUUGUAGGCCCCUUCGUUGGUGAGUUUGUUGUGGAAGAUGUUGAAAUGGAAAGUAAUAAUGAUAGCGAUAAAAAACUCCGGAGGAGAUUGAGGUUUAAAAGAAUGCCUAAUUUGAUUCAAUCGCAGGUUCCUCUUAUCCCCAUUCUUGAUGAUGGCCCGAGUAAUACAAAGUUAGACUUGGAAAGUUUGAGGAAAAUGAAGAACGCAAAGUUUGAUGUCGACACAACGGUUUUGGUUCACCCAUACUUGACUCCUAUGGUUUCUGGUCUUUUCUUGAUUGCUUCACAUCUAAAUGAGCGAAUUCAGCAAGGGUUUACUCCAAGAGCUUUGUGUUUAGGGGUUGGUGGUGGUGCUUUGUUAAGUUUCUUGAACACUCAAAUGGAGUUUGAAGUUGUUGGAGUGGAGGCCGAUGAAGCUGUUUUGAGUGCUGCAAAACAGUAUUUUGGGUUAAACAAUGGGAAAUCUAUUCAACUAAUUGUUGGAGAUGCAAUAGAGGUGAUUCAGAACUUUGCGACAAAAGGUGACACAGAUGAUUCACAGGUUAGUUUUGAGGGUUUAGAUGAUAAAUUUGAUGUAGUUAUGGCUGAUUUGGAUUCAAGUGAGGCUCGAAAUGGAAUUAGUGCUCCACCACCAGAAUUUGUUAAAAAAUCUGUUUUUCAAGCUGUGAGAUUACUUCUUCAUGAUCAUGGUGUCCUUAUCAUCAAUGUGGUUCCUCAUAAUGAGGUGAUCUAUAUGAAAUUAGUUCAAGAACUUAAGGAUGCUUUUCAAAAUGUUUAUGGAAUAGAUGUUGGGAAUCAAGAUAAUUUUGUUCUUGUGGCCACUUUAUCACCAUCUUCUUCCAAUGACCAUGAUAAUGCUUUCUUGAAGAGGUUGAGAUCUGUGAUUCAGGGAGCUUAUAUGGACUCCAUAGUGGAAUUGUGA